AUGGCUGAUCAGUCGAUUAUACGGAUUACAAAGGAGCUCAGCGAUCUCCAGCGAUCCUCCGACCUCUCACUCGCUGUGGCAUGUAGAGAUGUCGAUGUUCGUAACGUGCGCGCGAUGAUCAUCGGGCCAGCCGAUACUCCGUACGAGUUCGGCUUCUUCGAGUCACCCCAGGUCACGGCUGUCACAACGAACUCAGGUCGCUGUCGCUUUAACCCAAAUAUCUACUCAACUGGCAAAGUCUGCCUCACGUGGCGUGGAGAACGGGGCGAGGAGUGGUCUGCAGCUCAAGGACUUGAAUCAAUCCUGCUAUCGAUCCAGAGCCUGAUGUCAGGAAAUCCCUACGAGAACGAACCUGGAUUCGAGGAAGCGAACGAUCCAUCUGACAAGAAGAACCAAGAGGCAUACGUGAAAAAGAUCCGCCAUGAGACACUCCGAAUCUCAGUAAUACAGCGUAUGGAACAAUAUCUCGGCCUCACCCCAGACGGCGUGGCGCUCGCAUCUCAGUCUGCGGCCGAUCAUGAUAGCCUCGAGCAAGACAUGGAUGACCUUGAUGAGUCGUCGGUGCCCUUUGAACCGUUCAAAGACCUUUGCAAGCGUAGAUUCCUCUGGUACUACGAUUCCUAUCUGGAGGCCAUCCGAAAGGCCAAAGCAGAGGUCAAAGAUCAUCAGCCCUUCGUUCGCAUGCCUUUCGAAGGUUCCAGUAAUUCCAUGGAGGGCAAGUUCAACUAUACCGAGCUUGAGCGUCGUCUGCACAACAUCAAGAGAGCCAUCGAUGCCGAGGUCGACGAUUGGGCCAGGGAGGGUCUUGACGCCAAGAGGAGAGAGACUACCGUCAGUGUGAAUCUGCAGCACCAGUUCGAGCAGAUCAUUCAGAAUUUCAAGCGUAGGGACAUACCCCACGACAUACAGCUGGAGGAAAACAACCCCUUCGUGUGGGUUAUCACAUAUUUUGGCCGGCCCAUGACCAACCUCGACGGAGGACUUUUCAAGAUCAAGAUUCACUUCAGUCCCAGGUUCCCUGACGAGCAGCCUCGCGUCAAGUUCAGCACCAAGAUCUUCCACCAUCGUAUUGCGCUCGACGGCACGGCUUGCUACUCGCCAAACCCCAUGAGGAAAGAAGAUGUACUCACACAUAUCGAGGCUGUCAUUGAUAACCUUGAGGAAGAGGACCCUGCUUAUGAUCCCCGAACUCUGGUAAACCUUGAGGCCAAUCAACUGUACUGGAGUGGUGCAGACGGAAGGAGGAACUACAACCGCCGUCUGAGAAGAUCUGUACAGCAAAGCACCGAGUUAGUGUACAUGUUCUCAGAUUACUAA